AUGGCCGGGGCACUGAUUCUGCUCCCUUUCUUGCUGCUCCUGCCUCCUAGCCUGGUGGGACUGCCUUCUGUCCCCAGAAAUCUAGGCCUACCUGUGGCAGAACAGCCCACCUCGGGGGACUUGAGUCUGCUUCCUGGAGGUUCAGAUGCACACCUCAGACCCGGGAAGCUGCUUCCAAGCUUCAAGACCAAGAGGCCAUGGCUAGGGGACUACCUGUUAUCUGCUUCCAGAGUUCGGGUAUCCAGGGCACUGCCUGGGUCAGCCGCUGAAUGUCAGCUAUGGAGCCUGUUACUACCAGUGAAUCAGCUAGGUCUGGGCUAUGAUUCUGACGAGACCAUCGCCUUCCGCUACUGUGCUGGCAGCUGCCAUAGUCCCCACACCCACCAUGGCCUGACACUGGCCAGGCUUUCAGGUGAGGGCAGGGUGAUGGGCCAACCCUGCUGCCACCCCACCCGAUAUGAGGACGUGGCCUUCCUGGACAACAAUCACCACUGGCAUCACCUGCCCCAGCUCUCGGCUGCUGCUUGUAGCUGUGGAAUCUGAAAGCCCCCCAAUCCCUUCACCAAGCUGUGCAGCAGCGCCAAGGCCCACCCUACCUCUCACCCAGCACUGCCCUUCUCUCUCUUCUCUGAGGUUGGAUGUAAAAUGCAUUUCUCCUCUGGUUCCUCUGUUCCAGGGCCCAGGGUGUCCACCUCAUGAGCAU